UGGAAGUUGAAAGAAGGCAAUAAGAGUGAUACUGACAAGAAACCACCCGAAAUUCCUAUAAUAGAAGGCUUAAAUGGGCUAGAAAAAUUUAUUAGUUUUGUUAAGCAGCAAGAAAGUUGUGAUUUUAAUGUGGAGGAUUUAAAAAUUUUUAGGAAAUAUUUAUCAUUCAUAAGAAGAAAAUAUAUAGAAUCAAUGAAACAAAAACCUAUCACUGAUUUUUUUUCUGUUUAUAGUGAAUAA